GCGUGAGCAGUUGCUGAAGUGGUUUCGUGAAGAAAGCCGAGCGAACGGUGGUGAGAGAGAGAGAGAGAGAGAGAGAGAGAGAGAGAGAGAGCGAGCGUGUUCAUCACUCGCGGUUUUCUCUCUGGACAUCAGAUCAUGAAGAAUAUGACUUUCAGACGAAUCAAGAAACUCAACUCAAACGAGCCGGACGGGGGGUCAGGGGGGUCUUGUCCGGGCAGUGGAGACAUCUACUUCUCCUCCUCCAAGUCAGACAGCUGCAAGACCAUGGAUCCCUCGGGCUCCUCGGACAUUUACAACUACAAGACGCUCGCGUACUCCGGAGGAACUCUGCCAAGAAAUUUCAAGAAGAAUGGUGGGUUACAGAAGUGGAAGCCGCUCACACAGCCGCCAGAGCCAGAAAGGAAGGUGGUGGUCCUGGAGAAGAAAGAGGAUGAAACGUUUGGCUUUGAGAUUCAGACAUAUGGGCUGCACCACCAGGAUGAGAACUCUGUGGAGAUGUGCACCUUCGUCUGCAAAGUCCACGAGGACAGUCCAGCCAAGCUCGCCGGCCUUAAAGUUGGAGACACCAUCGCCUGUGUGAACGAAAUUUCCGUUGAAGGAUUUCGCCACAAGGACAUCGUCCAGCUUGUCAGGUCAUCAGGCAACACCAUUAGAUUAGAAACUGUAUAUAGCGACACUAUAAGGAAAGCAGAACUUGAGGCCCGCCUACAGUAUUUGAAGCAAACGCUGCAUGAGAAGUGGGAUGAGUACCGGUCCCUGAUGGUGCAGGAACAGAGACUAGUUCACGGUAUUGUAAUGAGUGAUGUGGCUGUGUAUGAAUCCUUGGAGUCGGCCGGUAUUUACGGCAGCCUGGGGGCUCCGAGUCCUGUGGUAAUGCGGGCCCUACGUUGCACUGGCACAGGCAGUGCCAACAGCAGCAUCAGCCACCUCAGCUCAGCCACCGGUGACGAUGAUCCACUCUACCAGACCUGCUUCUACCAGGCUGAAAAUGGCAGCAGCAAUGACACGUCCAGUAACCCUGGUGAAGCUUGUAUGGAGAGGCCGCAGUUGGGGCGCCAGCGUCUUCUCCGGCCAGCCAGCGAGCUGUUCGCCUCGGCCAAAACCUCACUGACCCGCAGUGCCAGCACACGCAGCUACCUGAAAGGUUCUUCAUCAUCGUCUUCAUCAGCGCCUAGUGGAGAGAAGCAGCAAUGUGGUGCUUUCAGCUCAUUGCAGAGGAAGCCGAAACAGAAAAGCUUCAGGCGAAGACUUUUAAAGUACAUCCCCGGCCUAAACCGACCUUUAGAGGAGGAAGAGAGCAAACUUUGAAUGUCUCAGGAUUGUACACUUAAACAUGCAGCCAAAGACUGCAAAGCUGAACACCAGGAACAUACCAUUUAAAGAUUGAGACUGCAACAUAAACAUGCAUUCAAAUGCUGUAGUCAGAUAGCUUCUGACAGCUUGGAGAGACCAAAAUGGACACCAGGACAUCCCAAAGAAUGCAGCCUUUCAGCAGAUCCAAAUGCAGGACAAAUGGAUGCUCCAUAGGAACAGUUUUUGCCCUCCUUUGGAAUUGCUUGUUACUUUUGGGAACGCCAGGAGUGCUUCAGUGUAGCUACUAUAAAAAAUGCCUUCAGUUCAUCCAAACCAAGCAUUUUUUUUGCAGUUAUUCACUCUAACAAUUAAUAACGAGUUAAUUUUCCUUUACUUUUGUUAAAAAAAAUAGAGACAGUUUGUGUUUUGAAAUUGAUUGAUCACUUCAGCUGGCCAGUUCUAUAUAGUACACUUUUAAAGAAUGUGCCACACAGGGCUCUUUGAACCCUCUUUUGGUGCCGUAGAAGAACCAUUUUUGGUUCCCCUGAAGAACAGUUUGAAAAAGAAAGCAUGAAGAGCCUUGACAGACGAGUAAAUGUUUUAUACAAAUUCUGUUGUAGAGGUUUUAACUUUAAAAAAGUUCAUGUCACAUCUCAUUUACAAAAUUGGUUCUUCUAUGGCAGUGAUUCCCAACCUGGCCUACAUUUUUGCUCCAGCCCAACUCCUAACACACAGGGAUGAAGAAAAAAAAUUUGGACCAUUAGGCAGGGACAUGAGGAGAAAGUUGGGAACCACAGUUCAGUGGUGUAGAACCCUUUCUGGGGCCCUUAUUUUUGAGAGUGUAGUUAUAUAACCCUUCAUUCUGAAGCAGUUGUUUUCUAAUUUUUAUGCAAGUUAUACUAAUUACCAAGGCUUAUGGUCAUCCAGACACACAAGCAGUCUAAGGCCAAAAUACAGAUAAAAAAAAAACUAAUGUGCAAAAACCACAAAAAAUCAAAAGCCAAAGCAACUAAUAUGUGUCUAAACGUGUCUGCCCAUCUUCCACACUGUCAAACUAACAACUCUGUUACUGUUCCCCAUAUAAGCUCUGCACUCUUGUGAAGUCAGUGAACAUUUGUAUAUAACUUUGGUUUCUAUUACGUCAUUCUAAGUUAUUUAUUUAUUUUGUGUUCUUGUUUGUUUUUUUUCAGGAAGAUGUACAAAAUGAAGGAUUUUUUUGUUGUAUUUUUUUAUCUUAAAAAUGGACCAUUUUAUUGAUCAACGACUUUUUGUAAGUGCCUUUUUUGGCUGUAUUCAUCAGUGUCUUUAAUACUUUUUGAAAAUGGAUCAUGCAGAAAACAAAAUCUUAAAAUAAAUGUGUGCUAUCAUC